CUGAUAUCAAACUAUGAAAAAGUCAAUAAUUGUUUUAUUACAUGAAUAGACGUAAAGUCAGUCUUGCUAUUACAAUUGUUUUCUCAUUAUAUUGGACGAUUGAAAUUGGAAAGAUUGCCACCUAUUUUUAGACCAAAAUAGGUUGAUAUUGGAUUUCCAAGCACCUACUUCGAUGUAUUUUAUAUCGUACUAUUUAUAACCUAAGUUAAGUUGAUAUGAUUUGUACUCAUUACUUUUCGAAUCGUUUUCAUCCAAUCAGAGAAACAAUAGAAUACAGUCAUGUAAUAAAUCCGCUUGAACUUGUGAAGAAACAACACAUGUCCAUCAACAACAACAAGUAUGACAGUAAGUGACAAAAGUUUUAAUGGAGAAUAGUAGGUUUGAACUUUUGACUACGGCUGCUAUAUUACUAAAUAAUAUUUCUAAAAUUUGAAUUUAAAAUGAUCAAUUCUAAAUACAUUGUAUUUGUUUAGUUCAAAUUAUCUUUAUUUCAGGUCUCAAUGUUAAAAAUGUACACUGGGAAAUAUCAGUGAUGAUGAGAAGUGGCAAUGCAUGUACGUCGAGAAAGUUUUGUAAGUGUAUUUAACGUUUUGAAAGUUUAUUGAAGACAUAUAUUUACUUAAUAGGUUCAUUCUUAUUAAAUCCUGUCUAUAAUCUUUUUAAAAAAGCUAACAAAAGUCAAAUGCAAACCAAAUGUAAUAUUUACAUUCGUUUUAUGCGCGUACAUCUGAGUAAACCAAAGUGAGAUAUAUAACAUGUUUUUGAACAACCCCUCAUAUAUGUCAUGUCAUUUAUGAUUGACAGGGUAUAGGGUUGACGCAAGAAGAUUGUUAAUUGAAUAUUGUACUGUUAUUUUUACACACUAUAUGUACAUACACUAUUUCUAAAACUCUACAAUCAGUGCACAAACCCGUCAAAAAUGGAUUCACAAAAACAUCUGAUUUGUAUUUACUCUUUGAUACUUUUUAUAUUUCCAAACAUUCUGGAUACACAGCGGAUCACAUGCCCUAAUCCUUGUGACAUCGGUUACACCUGUGCCAUGGUAAGACAUGGAGGUCAACCAUCUCGACCGGGUUGCAUAAAUAUGCAGGAAGCAAUAAUGUUGCAUCAAGCUCUGAAUGGCGGUCCAAGCGGCCCAGGAACAGGAGUAAACAGUCAGGCAGGCACGGGAGUCCCACAACCAAAUGUCGGUCUGGGCUUUCCUCAGUCUCCAAGACGGGGAGAUCCAAUACCCCAUAUUCCUCAGUCACCGUCUCCAGGAAAUUCUAUUCCUGGUAUGAACUUCCUAGGCGGCACUGGGUCACGGCAACAAGGCUUCGAACAAAGAUUUGAACAAGGAAUCAGCAGGCAACCACAGAAUUUUAUAAAUUCGCCAAGCCUGCUUGGACGACAAGGCAAUUUUGGAAUGUCGGGCAUAGUCGGUCCGAUAAAUGGACAAUUUGGAAAUCCACAAAGGCCAACUGGAAUGGCUGGACCAAGUUUCCUUGACCCAACUACAGGCCAGUUAGGUCCAAGGGCUGGUCAGUUUGGUCCAAGUGCUGGUCAGUUUGGUCCACCUGCUGGUCAGUUUGGUCCUGUUGGUGCCGGUAGUCCACCAAUAGGAUUCAGUCCCCAAGUAGACGGUGGGCAUAGUCAUACUUCCUCUGCAUCUGGUAACAGAGAUAACACUAACAUAGAUCCGCAUGAUUCUAGUCACGGUGGUGGUAACUUACCUAGAAAUAAUGGUUUCCCAGCGUGUUUACAUAGAAAUGCUUGGUGCCCGUUCGGGUAUGUGUGUCAACGUCAUCCAACAGGGGACUCGGGUCAAUCUGAGGACCGUUGUGUUUUGCGAGAUCAAGUGCAUCAAAGACGACGUUUAUUUCGACCUUCGUCACGGUUUCCUGGUUCACAGCCAGUUACGUCUGGUAGAAAUUCACCAAGAUCUAGGUCUCCUACUUUGAAAUCUGGGUCUCCGUCUUUGAAUCGUGAAUCUCCAGGAACUCAGGUCAGUCCUGAUUCUUCACCAUGGAUUAGAGGGCCACAUCUGAUUGGUACUGACAGUAUUCAAAAUAUGGCAAGAGUGGAGCAAGCAAUAGCAGACGCUGAUGGACCAAUAGAACAAUCGCAGGUAGCACGUGAUAGCAUUAUGCCAGAUUUGUUGAAAAAGGGAGGAGUGCAAAGGCAAUCAUUGUCUGGUAACCGUUCUUUCAGCCGUAUGAAUGCUCCUGGUAACAAACAUCAGAUAUUAGUAUCGCCAGCUAGUUCACCAUUUCGUGCUCAGAAUUCAUCAUCUACUUUUAGUGAUGCGGGACGUGUGCAGAACAAUACACAGACAUGUACACCGUGUAAAGACCACAAGGACUGCAAUGACAUAUUUACAUAUUGUAUAAACAAGAUACCGUGCGUUGGAAAAGUGUGUUACAGGGUUACUUGAUUGUUAAAAUAUAUGGCAUAAUAUUUGUCUUUUCAUCACUUACAAACGUCAAAAAUCAGUUAAAACACAUGUAGUGUGACAUUUUUUUUAUUGUUAGUAUUUUGUGAAAAAAAAAAAUGAUAUAACACGUUCUGAAUGUUAAAAUUGUUAAGACAAUUAUAUAAUAUUUACCUUAAAUAUCUGUAUCGGCUGGAAUAUUUUAAACACAUUAUUUAAUUGUUGUUUGUUAUAAAUACGUGUUUUUUAUUUCAUGGUUAUGUUAUCUUAUAUCCUUAACAGGAAAAGAUUUAUUCAAAGGUGAACGUACAUGUAAAUGGUGAAACGUUUUGCAAAACAAUUGUAUAUACAAAAUAUUUCUACAAAUUGGCAUAACUUCGAAAUCCUUAGUUCUAUACUUUACUAUUUUGACAUCUUUAGCAAUGAAGUAUUAGGUAAAAUAGUACCUUGUGCAAUCACAUAUGUAAUAUUUAGAACACAUGAAAGGUUGUAUGAUAUUACCUUUUCUGAAAGAAAAUAAUAUUGAAAUGUUUUAUUUUAAAGUCAUUUUAUAGAUACUUAAAAUUUAAUGAUUAUAUUUUUGCUCUUAAAUAAUUACUAGUAUUUACAUAUAUUAAACGAUUUGUUUGAUUUUUUGCGGUAAGUCAUAUGAGCCGUGCCAUGAGA